CGCUGUUUCGUCCAUUUUUGACGCCCCGUUUCUCCGAGAAAAACUCUCGAUCCAUUUUCCCUCGCUUUCCCUCACUUUCUCGCCCGAGGCACGCCCGCCUCGUUUUCUCUCCAUCCGAGCAUGAACUUGGCGUCUUCCCCUCCUCCCUGCGCUCCCUUCUCCCUCCGCUUCCCGCCGGCUCGGCCUCCCGGUCCUCGCUGGAGACGGGCACGGCCGCCGGCCGGAAGAGAGAUCAUCGGAUCCAGGCUCGCUGCGACGAGCGCUCUCGGCCUCGACUGCGACGUCUCCGGAUCCGCUCAUCAUUCGAGGCCGCUCCCCGGCGCCACUCCCGACCGGCUGCGGCGCCUGGCCUCGGAGUUCCAGUCCCUGGCGGAGCCCAUCGACAGGGUGAAGCGGCUCCUGCACUACGCGGCGAUCCUGCCGCCCUUCGACGAGUCGGCCCGGCACGACGCGAACCGCGUCGCGGGCUGCGCGACCCGGGUGUGGCUCGAGGUCGGGACGUACGGGAGCCCUCCGGCGGCGGCGGCGGCGGGGUUCUGCUCGUGCCUGAUCUGGGCGCUGGACGAGGCGGAGCCGGAGGAGGUGAUCGCCGUGAGGGCGGAGGACCUGGCGGCGGUCAACGUGGGCCUCGUGGCGCACUCGAGGGCCAACACGUGGCAGAACGUGCUGACGAGUAUGCAGAGGCGGACCGAAGCCCUGCUCAAGGAGAGAUCGGCGGAGCCUGACCAUCGUUGUAAUAGUCCCUAUGAUACCAGAUGCCCAUGCCAACAAGAAGCUUGAGCCUCGCGAGGCGUUAGAUACGAUAUGUGUUAUAUGUGCCUGGCUCGACUCGACUGUUAUACAUAGCUCGAGACUCAGCCCACGUUGAGUCCAGUCCUAGAAGGGAGGAACUUGUACCGAUAUCUCAAUCUCAAUUCGAACAAGCGUUCGAUUGGAUGAAAUCAAAAGAGUUCGAUCAAAUUACUCUUUUUAUAUCCGAUUCAAGUCGAUUCGAUUCGAUUCACAAAAAAGUGAACUCGUUCCUAUUGGUUCUCACCAACCAGGCUGUUUCUCCUUCUUUGA